AUGACGGGUAGCCAACCACCAGCAGUGUGCUUCUGGCCCCAAAACACUGAGUGCCUCAUCCAGGAGGGUCCUGAUGCAGAGGACAACUCACCUAUUAUGUCCUUAGCCGGUCAAGAUGUCACCAUGGUUCCCACAUCUCUCCAGUCACCCUCUAAUGUCAACCCAUCCAAGGACUUCAUUCGCUGUCUGCCACCUCACCUGUCCAUGUACCUCCUGGGGCUUUUGGAUCAAAAAUCCCUCAAUGCAUGUGCUGCUGUGAGUAGAUGCUGGGCUUUUCUGGCCAAAGAAGUCAAGAGGGAACGUGUGGGCCAAAGCACAGUACAGGAGAAGAUCCUGUACCUGCAGGGGUUGUGCCCCAGAGGAGCAGUUUCAAAUUAUGCUAAAAGAGUCGAUGUGACAAUUCCGCAGCUAAAUGAAGAAGGGGAUGUCAUCGAAGUGAAAGGCCACAAUUGGGGAAGUAAAACAAAGCAGGAGGAAGACAAUCUGCGGGCAGCCUAUCAUGAUCUGAAAACUGACACGAUCCAGCUGGAAGAGAGAAAUGUCUUCUGUGGCUCCUACAAUGUCCGUGUCCUCAUGGACCAAGCAGACCAAAGCAGAAUAAUUCAUUACAGUCGUGGAAACCUGGUAGCCAUUGGCUCUGCAGACCGAAAAGUGAGGCUUUUUGAUGUGUUGGGAAUGAAAGAAGUGCCUCCUCUGCUCGCUGGCCAUGCUGGGAGCAUCAAAGCACUCUUCCUCAAUGAGAAGAAAGGGUUCGUUCUCAGCGCAAGCUUCGAUCUCAGCAUCAGAUGCUGGAAUAUAUACAGUGGUGCUUGUGUGAGAAUCUUUAAUGGUCACUGUGGGACAAUCACCUGCUUGGAUUUAUACGAAGAGCACUUUGUGUCAGGAGCCAGAGAUGGGAUGGUGAAAGUGUGGAACCUGGAGAGUGGGAAAUGUCUCAAGACUCUGAAGCACAACAGUGCUGUUUGGGUCGUUAAAAUGGACGGCACUCGUGUUGUCAGUGGAUGUGACCGAGGGCUGGUGAAAGUCUGGUGUGCUGAUACAGGCACUCUGAUCAAAACAUUAGAGGGGCACCAAGGCCCAGUGAAAUGUUUGUCCUUUGAUCAGUGGCACCUAGUCACAGGAAGCACCGAUGGAUAUGUCCUGGGAUGGAGCAUGUUGGGAAACUUUAAGAGAUGCCUAACAGCUUUCCGUCACCCUAAGAAAGUUCUGUCUCUGGAGUUCCUCUAUCUCAGAGUUAUCAGUGGCUGUGCUGACGGAAAGAUUCGUGUAUUUAACUACUUGACUGGAAGCUGCCUGAAAGUGUUGAUGGCCAACAGCAGAGGGGACCCCGUAUCUUCCUUCUAUGUUGCAGGAAACAGGAUGGUGAUCAAUUCACCAACCAGUCUGUUGAUGUUCCAGUUUGAGGAUGUCAGGUGGGACUAUACCUUAGAUGCUGACAGAAAGAUGGUGGGGAAGAAAAAACAGCGCAAGGGGACUUCAAGCAGAACACAGCUUCAUCUUCGGCGAAUGAAACGCCACGACCUCAGCCAGGUGCAUCGACUUGCUCUGGAGACACAAGAUGCUGACCAGCUCAUGCGGUCUUGCUGGAUCCGCUGCCAGUCACCGAAAAGCUGUGGAACAUCUCAAACUCUCUCCUAUGAACUGAUGAAAUCAGCAGCUCACCAGCAACAGCAGCCUUCUCUCAAUAUCGAAAAGGCAGAGCGGCAGAAAAAGCUUUUCGUUCCUGGCACCAGACAACCCCAUGCCUUUGCCUCGAGGAAGUCAGCGAGAGUACGUUCUGCAAGAAUCCCGGCAGAUACUGAUGGCAAAUCUGCACAUGGCCCUUCUCUCUAUGUACCUGCACAACCUGAGAGGGCAGAAGCCACUUCGCAGCAUGAAAAGAGAAGAGGCCCAGGUUAUCCCAUGUCCCCUGACAAGUUCCUCUUAACGGUCAGCAUGCUACAGAACACCUGCAAGUCAGAGCUGGUCAGCUCCGGUACUAAACACGCUGCAAAAGUUGGGGAAGCAUGGCAACCUCCAUGGGAAUAUCAGCAACACCGCUCUAAAAAAGUACAAAUAUACAAAACCCCUCUGCAACACAAAAAGGAUCAGACAGUCCAGCUCCAAUGUGUGAGAUUGCACAAUGAUUCUCUGACUAUGAAAAGAAUUUCUAUACCCUUUGAAACCAAAAUGCUGCAGCUUAAGCUGAAAAAUUCUUUGCACGGACCCACUGUGAAUUCCUCCAUCCCUUUUCCCUCUGUUGUACGUCCCAAGACCUGUUGUGGUUUGCUGCGAGAACAGAAAGCUGACAGUGGUCAUGGUAAAGCUAUUCCUCUCCCUGAAGAUGGGGUUCAGCUUAUCGAUCCCUUUACGGCUUCUUCUGAACUGAUCAAAUCAACACAUGCGAUGAUGGCACAAAUGAAAAAUGAAACCGUUUCCAGGAGAAAAAAGCCCUUUUGUCCGUAUGCUGCAGACCCUUUCCGGAGCGACGGUGGGUUCAGGCUUCUGACAGGAAAACAGAAGGAGGUGUAUGAGGCAGCGACGGUAGCUCAGUAUCGGGCACAGCAGAGAAAGCUCACAGAAGAUCAGCACAGAGCACGCAAGAAAGCCUGGUUAAGGAAAAUUAAAGGCCUACCUAUAGAUUCUUUUACUGAGGAGGGGAAAAUAGCUGCUCCUGAACUUGGGCUUAAGACAUUUAUCUGA